UCGAGGCGGAAGAGCGGAAGCUUGUGCGCUGCAGGAAAUAGUGAUCGGAGCGCGGGCUGGGAGUAACAUUACCGAGUGUGAUAGCGGCAGGACGUGUGGGCGGAUAACCAUGAGUGCAACCAGUGUAUUGUCCAGUGCAAAGAGGAAGAGGACAAAACCCCAUAAACUAGGACAGAAAAAAAGAACGUUUUCGAGGGGGGAUUCAGAUGAAGAUGCGGUGCCAGUGUCUGAGACACAGAGAGUUUGCAAUGAGGAUGAUCAGAGGGACCAGGAAAACCCCCCGGCACACGCAGCCAAGGAGAGUACAUCCCACAGAAGGCGGAAGAAAGGAAGCAAGGACAAGCCCUUGACCAGUGUAAUGGCUGCCAGAGCAAGGGAUGAAGAAUAUGAGAGUAAACAGGAAUGUGCAACAGCACACCCAGAUGAGACUAGCACACCCCAAAAAUGUCCAGACACACAUGAAGGAACCCCCAGAAGUGGAGGAAGGCCAAAGGGAAGCAAGAACAGGACAUUCUCUGGUUCUCCUGAAAUAGCUGCCAGAGCAAGGGAUGAAGAAUAUGAGAGUAAACAGGAAUGUGCAACAGCACACCCAGAUGAGGCUAGCACACCCCAAAAAUGUCCAGACACACCUGAAGGAACCCCCAGAAGUAGAGGAAGGCCAAAAGGAAGCAAGAACAGGACAUUCACUGGUUCUCCUGAAAUAGUGUUCAGAGCCAGAAACGAACAAGAUCACAAAAGUUCUCCUCAUGAAACGUCGAUCUCCAAAUCAGAGCAUCCGAAUGGAGGGGACAUUUCUCCUAGGGGAAGAGGACGACCUAAAGGAAGUACGAAAAAGAUCUACCCUGCAUCCUUGCAGGUUUCAGGAAAGUCCAGUGGGGAUGGUGCCCCAAAACGUUCGAGAGGUAGACCAAAAGGAAGUCCAAAUAAAAAACCUUCAAGGGCUGCUUUAAUGUUGAAAUAUGGAAUCCCAAAGUUGGGGAGAGGAAGACCCAAAAAGUUACUGGCAACAAAUGGAGCAGUGACUCCGAAACGAGGAGUGAUUCCGAAACGAGGCCGGGGUAGACCAAAAGGUGCUGUGAAGUCCCCAUCGACCACGAAGAUUGCGGGCUCUGGACUAAAGAGAGGACGGCCUAAAAAUCCAGAACCAGACUCUCCUCAUUCAGCAAAUUUAACUCCUAAACGGCCCAGAGGGAGACCAAAGCUUGUGGUGAAACCUGUAGCUGUCAGCAACUCUGAGGAGGAAGAUUCUGGAUCGUGCAAGGACAAUGAUGAUACAGCCAGUGGGAAUGAGGAUAGUCCUUGAAAUACAAAUGUGUGAAGUCCACCUGCCCAUCCCUUCAUUUUUACGUCCAUGCCAACUAGUGGUGGAAAAUAGAAUGCAAUGGAUGUCUGCAAAAAGAACUUUUAAUUCACCCCUAAAAAAUGAUAAAAGUGGUUUAGAUAAUGAAUUUCUUAGACAAGCUUGUUUACUUAUGGAGAAAAAUAGACAGUGUAACUUUGAAGAUAUAUUUUUUGUUUUGUUUUUUUUUAAUGUAGUUGAGGUUUUUAAUGUGAUGUGUUUUAAAGUUGGUAAAUCUCAUUGAGAACAAAAAAAAUAAAAAUCGUUCAGUGUAUUUUUGCUGUUGCAUCUGAGCUGGAGGGUGGGGGGUCAACAUUUAUUUUUAA